UUAAAAUUUUAAAAUGGGGUAAGAGAUUUUUGGAGUACUUUUCUAAGGUUCUUAUUAGACACGUCAAUCAAUCACAUUAAAACCUCCAUUUUUGUUCUCUUCUUCACAACUUCAAUCUUCCAUUUUUUCAACCAACACCCAUCUACCAUUUUUCCCGACAAGUCAAAUUUCGCCGGACCGCCUCUCCUCCGCCCACUGUCAACUGCGCCGGUGGGCCUGAAGCUGAAAAGGAGACAACGUUAAACAAUGAGGGACGCCGGAUUCCACCAGAGGUUCUCAAAUUAUGCCUCUUGGGUCUCUCGCCACUUCUCAGAUCAUCUCUUCAAGCCAUCUCUCAAGUCUCCGGCGAGAUUCUCUCUCAUUCUCUUCUUCUCUCUCUUCCUCCUCGCCGGCGCGUUCCUCUCCACGCGUCUCCUCGAUUCAAAUACGGCAGGGGGUAAUUUUAGAGGGAGCAACAACACUUCCCAAAUACCGAAAAUGCCACUCCGACGACGACAAGUCGAAUUCCCACUCGAUUGCACGUCCUUCAAUAACGUGAAGGCCGGUGUCUGCCCUGCCAGCUACCCGACCAAUUGGACAUUGGAGGAAGAUCCGAAUCAUCCAGAACCAGUGACGUGUCCGGAUUACUUCCGUUCGAUUCACGAGGACCUGAGGCCGUGGGCCCGGACGGGGAUCACGAGGGCCACGAUGGAGGCUGGCCAACGGACGGCGAAUUUCCGGCUGGCGAUUGUGAACGGGAAGGCUUACGUGAAGACUUAUCGGAAGUCGUUUCAGACGAGAGAUACUUUUACGGUGUGGGGGAUCCUACAGUUGCUACGGAGGUACCCUGGGAAAGUGCCUGAUUUGGAGCUGAUGUUUGAUUGCGUUGACUGGCCUGUGAUUUUGACUUCCCAUUUUAGUGGGCCUAAUGGGCCGGCCCCACCUCCUUUGUUUCGUUAUUGUGGAGAUGAUGCCACGCUGGAUAUUGUUUUUCCUGAUUGGUCCUUCUGGGGUUGGCCAGAGAUCAAUAUAAAGCCAUGGGAGCCAUUGUUGAAGGACCUAAUAGAAGGGAACAAAAAGAUCCCAUGGAAGAGUAGAGAGCCUUAUGCUUAUUGGAAGGGAAAUCCGGAGGUUGCCGAAACCCGAAAAGAUCUACUUAAAUGCAAUGUCUCCGACCAACGAGAUUGGAAUGCUCGUGUAUUCGCUCAGGAUUGGAUGAAAGAAUCCCAGCAAGGAUACAAGCAAUCAGAUCUUGCAAAGCAAUGUGUUCAUAAGUACAAAAUCUAUAUUGAAGGAUCAGCUUGGUCUGUAAGUGAAAAAUACAUUCUUGCUUGCGAUUCCGUUACAUUACUCGUAAAACCGCGCUACUACGACUUCUUCACGCGAGGUCACGCGAGGUCUAUCAAAUUUGCAGUUGAUUGGGGCAACAGCCAUCAGCAAAAGGCGCAGGCCAUUGGCAAGACAGCAGCCAGUUUCAUCCAAGAGGAGCUGAAAAUGGAGUAUGUAUAUGACUACAUGUUUCAUCUCCUAACACAAUACUCUAAACUUCUAACAUUCAAGCCAACGAUACCGCCCGACGCGAUCGAGCUUUGUUCCGAGGCCAUGGCUUGUCCAGCUCAAGGGCUCACUCAAGAAUUCAUGACAGAAUCGUUGGUGAAGAGCCCUGCAGAGACAAGCCCCUGCACUCUGCCGCCGCCAUAUGAUCCGGCAUCGCUUCUUUUUGUUCAUAGUACAAAACAGAGUUCAAUCAAACAAGUGGAACAAUGGGAGACAACUAAAAGUAAGCAGCCAUAGACAAAAACUCAUCUGGGUGUUGUUCUUCAACAUGUUUUCUUCUCAAAGUUCUAAUCUUUUUCAUA